AUGUCAUCACCUUCAGCAAGCUCUUCAGGUGCCGCAAAGCGCAAGCGUGCGACUACCGCCACUUCUGCUGCUGCUGCCGCCGCCAUGGACGAGAAUCAGCUGCUGCAGCCAUCGUCGCGGGAUGCCUCUGGCGAAGAGGGCGACACUACCGCACCCGAGUCCGGCCGGUUGACCCACCGCAAGACUGUCGAAUCCGUCACCAACAGCAGCUCCUCGAAUCCGUCCAAGAGGCUGCGAUCUAGCAACAACUCAGCCGCCACCGCUGUCGGGGCGGGCGACCAGAUCGUAGAUCCCGGCGAGCCCAGCGAUACGACUGAGGCCAGCAUCGACAUCGCUGACCGCGUUGCCAAGAAGAACAAGAAGCACGCAACCUUCAAGGAUGUGCAAGAAGAAGGGAAGGAGGAGAGCACCAUGGCACCGCCGCCCAUUGGAAAACUGACACAUCCCGUGGGCUACAAGACAAAUGACCCGCCCGCUGGACGGCCCAUCAGAGUGUACGCUGACGGUGUGUUUGAUCUCUUUCACUUGGGUCACAUGCGCCAGCUCGAGCAGGCCAAGAAAGCCUUCCCAGACGUCUAUCUUCUUGUCGGCGUAACAGGCGAUGAGGAGACACAUCGACGCAAAGGUCUUACUGUCCUGUCGGGCAUGGAGCGCGCAGAGACUGUCAGGCAUUGCAAGUGGGUGGAUGAAGUGAUCGAGAACUGCCCUUGGAUCGUAACCCCCGAGUUUCUGGAUGAACAUCAGAUCGACUACGUUGCCCAUGAUGACAUCCCAUAUGGUGCUGAUGAAGGUGAUGAUAUCUACAAGCCCAUCAAGGAGGCUGGCAAGUUCUUGGUCACUCAACGGACUGAAGGUGUCAGCACCACUGGCAUUAUCACAAAGAUUGUGCGCGACUACGAGAAAUACAUUGCUCGACAGUUUAAGCGAGGCGCUUCGCGUCAAGAGCUCAACGUCAGCUGGCUGAAAAAGAACGAGCUAGAUCUCAAGCGCCACGUUAACGACUUGCGUGAUAACAUCCGGACAAACUGGACCACUACUGGGCAGGAACUCAGCAGGGAGUUGCGCCAAUACUGGCCUGCCAGCAGACCUCAGAGCCCGGCCCCUAGUUUGCGUCUGUCUAUGCCCGGCACUCCUGGACAAAGCCAAAAUGGUGACAUAAGCAUGCGAGAAGUGGCUGCCAUUGCCAGCGCUUCCGCCAGAUCUCCUACCACGCCAGGAGAGAGAGGUCCGAAUGAAUUCAUCAGUGGCUACACGCUUGGUUUGAUUGGUGGUGUAAGAUCCUGGAUGACCAAGAACCGCAGAACGGUACCAGAUGUCAGCCGUCCUCCCAGCGAUGAUGAGUCUGAAGGUAGUGAUGAAGUUGCGCAAGCUCGCGGUAGAAAGACAUCGGCUACUGCCGCCGCGGGCCCGGCUUAA